GCCUGUGCGUCAAACAAUAGGUGUUCCUGUGGCUUGUUUUGGUUGACAAAAGCUGCAUAACUUCUUCAAAUCAUGGCGAUCCCUAUAGCCAUCUUGGACUGUGACCUGCUGUUACACGGUCGAGGACACAAGACCCUGGACCGCUUUGACCUGGACUCUGUGCCAGACAACUUGCUCCUCACACAGUUUGGCUUCCCCAGAGAGUUUAUACUGUAUCUGGUGGAAAUACUCCGGGAGGCUCUGUGCAGACGUACUCAGCGGUCCAGAGCCAUCAGUCCUGAGGUCCAGGUGCUGGCUGCUUUGGGCUUCUACACAUCCGGAUCCUUCCAGACAUCGAUGGGAGAUACAAUAGGGAUCAGCCAGGCGUCAAUGUCGAGAUGUGUGUCCAACGUGACCAGAGCCCUGGUGGAGAAAGCUCCAACGUUCAUCACAUUAAACAGAGACCCCUCCAGCAUAGAGCAGUCCUUCCAGGAGUUUCAGAGGGUGGCAGGAUUCCCAGGAGUCCUAGGGGUGCUGGACUGUGUUCAGGUCACCAUCAAAGCUCCUAACAGCGAAGACUCGUCCUACGUGAACAAGAAGGGGUUUCAUUCGGUGGGCUGCCAGCUGGUUUGUGAUGCCAGAGGAUUGUUACUCAGCGCCGAAACACACUGGCCGGGAGGACUCAGAGACACAGAAGUUCUAGAAAGAUCUGCUCUCCAGAAACACCUGCAGGACGCUGAGGAGGGCUGGCUGCUGGGUGACCGUCGUUACCCUCUGAGGAAGUGGUUGAUGACCCCGAUGGACUGCCCAGAAUCCCCAGAAGAGUUACAGUAUAAUCUGGCCCACACGGCCACUCAUGAGAUCGUGGACAGAACCUUCAGAGCCAUCCAGACCAGAUUCAGAUGUUUGGACGGCACCAAAGGAUACCUACAGUAUUCCCCGGAGAGGAGUUCGUCCAUCCUGCUGGCCUGCUGUGUUCUCCACAACGCCUCGCUGCAGUCGGGGUUAGACGCCUGGACUCUGGAGCGGACCGACCCUCUGGAGCAGCCCGAGUCUCUCGAGCAGAGACCUGAAGAUCGAGACAGCCUGGCAGAGGAGCUCCGGAAAGACCUCAUCCUCAAACACUUCAGCUAAACUCAAAACAGAUCAGGACUGGGACCAGAGCGAAUCAUAAUUGUCUGUUCACAAACGACACAUUUCAAGCAAGAAAGGCCACAGACACAGUGGUGCUGAUGCAGGUUUUUUAUAUUUUGCUGGUUUCUACUCUACUGACUACACUAAGAUAACAUAGAAGUAUAUGGAGGAACAUGCAGGACGCUAUACAACAAACCGAGACAACAUGGUACCCGAACACAUUUGAAAUAACUGGAAGUGCUUCAUUAUUCUCUCAGAAUGUGGAAUAAUGAAACACUUCCUGGUGAUUAACAAUGAUUAAAACUGUGUGCAGCUGCUGUGUUAUCAACGUUUCUUUACAGGUGGAAAAAGUCACCUACCCUUUAUGUUUUAUUCCCUCCCCGCUUUACAUUUUGAUUCCCCAAAUAUCCAAUUUUCUCACGUGAUUCCACAGGUUUCAAUCUUGGACUAUGUCACAAUACAAAAAAACAAGGCCAUUAACAAGGUUAUUUACAACAACUGCACAUUAGGUGGUCAGUAUUUAUGUACACUGGUGCAUUAAGACGGUAUUGGAUGAGAAUGACAGGAUGUUUGUGCAACGGGCUGCAGUCACAUGAUGUUUUUGUGUACACACACACAAAAUGAAAUGCAAACAGAGAUGAUAAGAAACAUUUGUAGUGUUUGAGAUAAAAAAUAGGAGUUCUGAGCAUUACAUCAUUGUAAUAAUGAAUUAAAGGAAGUGGAUGGGGGCAGUGUAAAGCUUUUAGUUUUUGAAGGAGUACCAUUAAAUGUUUUGUUUUUUC